UGCCACGACCUUUCUCUUCUUGUUCAGCUGCCGCGGUGCCGCCGCUUUGACCUGACUCUCUUUCUCUUCUCCUUCAUCCUCGAUCGGUCGAAGGCUUAAUCGAGCGAGAAGAGGAGGUUGGAAGAAGAGGAAGCAAGGAGGGAGGAGCUCUAUGGGGGUAUGCUACGGCAAGAACGUCUCUGUCCUCGAAGAUGGCGACGCCGGCAACCGGAGCCAUGGAAAGGGCGGACAAGUAGCUGGUAGUCCUGCGCACUCGACCCCGGCUCGAAAGAGUCGGACGGGCGCCACCACCCCUUCUCACUCCUUGACCAGUACUGCGCCUUCCGCCUGGCCCAGCCCUUACCCGCACGGCCCCGCCAGUCCGCUUCCCGCAGGUGUUUCGCCUUCCCCCACUAGGUCCACCCCGCGGAGGUUCCUGCGGCCUUUCCCGCCGCCGUCGCCAGCGAAGCACAUAAGGGCCGCCCUCGUGAAGCGGCUGGGCCCGCGGAGGCCGAAGGAGGGGCCGAUCCCAGAGGAUGAGACGGGACAAGAGGAAGCGCCUCUGGAUAAGAAUUUCGGGUAUGGGAAGAACUUCGGGGCGAAGUAUGAGCUUGGGAAGGAGGUCGGAAGGGGACACUUUGGGCACACGUGCUCGGCUACGGCCAAGAGAGGGGAGAUCAAGGGUCAGAUUGUCGCCGUCAAGAUUAUAUCCAAAGCUAAGAUGACAACUCCAAUAUCAAUCGAAGAUGUUCGUAGGGAGGUCACAAUUCUAAAAGCUUUGUCCAGCCAUAAAAAUCUUGUCAAGUUUCAUGAUGCAUGUGAGGAUGCACUUAACGUCUACGUAGUCAUGGAAUUAUGUGAGGGUGGCGAAUUAUUAGAAAGAAUUUUAUCGAGAGGUGGAAGGUAUACAGAGGAGGAUGCAAAAGCUAUAGUUAUUCAGAUACUGAGAGUAGUUGCCUUUUGCCAUCUUCAAGGUGUUGUGCAUCGUGAUUUAAAGCCAGAGAAUUUUCUUUUCGCCAACAAAGAUGAAAAUUCUCAGAUGAAGUUGAUUGAUUUUGGCCUUUCUGAUUUUGUUAAACCAGAUGAAAGACUAAAUGAUAUUGUGGGAAGUGCAUACUAUGUUGCCCCUGAAGUUCUACAUAGAUCAUAUAGCACAGAGGCAGAUAUUUGGAGUAUUGGUAUUAUAACAUAUAUCUUGUUAUGUGGCAGUAGACCUUUUUGGGCACGGACGGAGUCAGGAAUUUUCCGUGCUGUGUUGAAAGCUGAUCCAAACUUUACGGAUUUACCUUGGCCUGAUGUAUCUCCAGAAGCCAAGGAUUUUGUUAAAAGACUUCUGAACAAGGAUUAUAGAAAAAGAAUGACAGCUGCUCAAUCUUUGACACACACUUGGUUGCGAGAUGAGCACUGUCAAAUUCCUUUGGAUAUACUAAUAUUCAAGCUAGUGAAGUCAUAUCUCCGUGCCACACCUUUAAGACGUGCUGCAUUGAAGGUAUGUUUUGAUAAGAACUAAAUGACUCAAUAAGGUUCUCCUUUG